CCCCUCCCCCUUCCUGUGCUUCGUCAACCCCUAUUCUCCCUGCUUCAAAGUUUGACGUCACACAAAAGAAGACCAAUCAGAGCGCUCGAACUUCUCUGUUUUUCUUCCCUAGCUCCUCCCCUCCCCUGGUCCCUUAUAUAUCCCCCACCACUACAUUCAGCAGAGUGUACAAUGUGCUGCCAGAAAGCCAGCAGGCAGUGUACAGAGAAACAGCAAGAGAGGGAGAGAGAGAAGGGAAAAGUGCCAGAGCUGACUGCGAACGUGAUCCACGAGGCCAACGCUGCAGUCUGGUUUCAGGAUCAGCCCACACCAUCAGUAUGGGCUGUACACAGCCUCGGACCAACUCGGGGCAGGAAGCGCAGUCCCUGGAGGUUGGUGAUGCCAAAGUGCCCGAAGUGCUCUCCUCUCUGGAGCGGCUGUCCCAGGCCACUGGAGGCAUGGAGAAGUCCUGGUACCGCUGCAUCUUUCCCUUUGGAAUCAUCUCUUUGGUGAUCGGUGCAGCAGGAACUGGGGUGACCUACACUUAUAAUGACCUGCCUCAGACUAAAGUGGUGUCAGUUGUGCUGCUUGUCAUGGGUCUUUUGCUGUUGCUGAUGGCCACGACCUGUUGGACAGUUCACAAGAAGAAGAGAAGAAAAAAGAAAGAGGGUGGCUCUUUCACCUCUGAGCAGUGUCCCCUGUGAAGCACAUGGGGAGAACAGUGGACGGUACUUGAACGCAGAGACAUACCCAUGGCUGGCUGGGAAUUUAGGGGUUGACUAAAAGAACUGCCACUUCACUGCCUCCCUGCUCCAAAUCCCCUCAAAUCUUAAUCACAGAGUUUGGCUCAGCUCAUACCGGAGAGAACUUAAGCUGACAAAUCAUCGAGAGUGGAAGGACAGAUAGACAGGACCCUGAAUGUCUGUUUAGUCUGGAAAGUUUGGACCAUUUUGGAUUGACAAGGAGGGAUCACCAAUGCCUCGCAUGCUCUUUAAUCAUCAGACAGCAAGUGUCCAGUGUCAAAACAACCUCAGAGGAGACACACACAAAUAUGCCUUGCACACUACAUGCAUAUUUACACGCACGGAUACAUGGCCCUCGCAGUCCUCACUCACAUAUGCACUAGCAGUCACAGAGGGAGCUUGCCGGACACCUAACACGCUAUGCAGAGCUGCUGCCGGAGUCAAUGCUGUCGUCACUAGGCACGUCAGUCACAGCAUUCCUCUUGCCAGGACAGGUGACUCUCCAAGAGGCCAUAAGUGGGCCAAAGACGGCAACCUGAUACCCAGCUCAAAGAGCAGCGCACCCGCGUCAGUGGCCAGCGUCAUUCACUCGUCCUGUGACACCGCAGCAAUGUGUUGGAGGCUUUUUUUACGCAAUGGGAGAGUGGAACUUGAGUCCAGCAGGAUCUUGCUGGCAUCUGUGUUGACGAUGAGCUGGAGAGGGCAGAGGACCUGCUGGGGAAGUGGAAGAUGUUUGUGUGUGCUCAAAUAAAGAUUCUGGUGAACUAAAAAGACUGUUGGACCUUGGACUUCACUACUUAGUAGCAAGAUAUUUGCACAUAUAGCCAUGUCCAUGCCAAGCAAGACAAACUUCUAGUAAGCGACAUACUCUGAAAGGCCUUUUGUAACUUCAGCCUCACAUUACAAAGGAUGGGGGCACAGACUUUCUGACUGACUGAUUGUCCUCCUGUCAAUGUGCAAGCAUUUUCGCCCAGCCUAGUGUCUGAUUGGGGCACCUCAACCCUACACAGGGCAUGCCAGGAUUAUUGAAGGACACUACCCCGAGGGGACAUGCCACUGCAGGGAUACUUUGACUGAUCCUACUCCCCUCGGGCCCCUCCCUCUUGGUGCCUUGAGCAAGCACUCAUGGAAAAAGGCUCUGUCGCAUUCCCCCGUUUCCAUCUGAAGCCCCGAGAAUAUCCCCCCUCGCUCUCUCUCUCUUUCUAUUCCUCUCUCUCUCUCUUUACCCCGACACGAAUCUCCUUACCCAUCCCAUAGGCCUUCUGACAUCCACAGUUUCUGACUUGAUCCCAUUCAUUUUUGAUAUAUUCCAGGAGAAAAUGUGUACAGCCUUUUGACAUCUGAAUACACUAAAGAGCCCUAUAGUUCAGAAAUGGGUCAUUAUCACUAUGUGCCAAGGAAAGUGGAUUAUUUUCUCUCUCAUAGUGAAAAGAAUAUUCACUGAGAGUGACAAAUUCCUAUUCCAGUCUAAAAUUAUGCUUCAAGGCUGUCUCGUGAAUACUGAUGAAUGUUUUUGCUCUAAAUGACCCUGGGGUUUCCCUUACUUGUGCUUUCAGAGACAAUGAGUGAAUGUAGCUGCGCUGAGCUCCACAUCUGUGAAUACCUACUUUCUGUUAGUGUGGGGUCUCACAGGAUGAGACACACAACGGCAUUUUAUUCUUGUCUUAAAUAUUCUACUUUCUGUCGCUGAAUGUAACAAGGGAUGGAAAAUACAAAUCAAGGAAUUAGAAAGUGCAAUUAACGUAUGUAUGUAGAAUUGAAGGUGUCUGGCCAGUUCUAUGUGAAGGACUGUGUAGCAGCCCUAUGUACCCUUGAGAACAAUCAUUGAUCACGGUUGCAUUGAUUUUGGGUACCAGAUUAGUAACGCUUUGCUGAGUGAAAUCUGUCCAUGCAUCCAGGGGUAGCAGUUAACACACAAUGCCAAAGACCGUCCUGGGGGCCAGCUGCUUCAAUAGACAUGCAAUCGAUCGGCCCUUUCCCACACAUUUUCUGCGACUCAGAGUGCAUUUAGAUGUUCCUUUGCAUACUGAUCGUCAGCCAAACUCUGUUAAACCAAGAGAAGGAAGUAAAGAAAGGGAAGAAAUGGGGAAAUGACACGUAAUGGCAUAAAACAAAGCAGAACCUGUCAUUACUUUAACUUUUAUUUGGGAGUGGGGGGCUAUCCCUGCGCUCAGACUGGGAUCAGUUAUAAUGAACAUAGGAGUAUUAUUCUUGUUUUUGUUAUUUAGCAUACCUUAUUUACUGACAAAAAAUAGGACUAGCAUAGACCAGUCUAUACGCAAACCACUGUAUACGAUAAUGUUUUGCCAAAUCAGCCUUUAAUCUUUUGCUCAUAAAGCGUAAUUAUUAGUUUGUCCUUUUUUAACAAUGUAGUACAUUGUUGUUGCAUACUUGUACUUUCUAACUUUGAAGCUGUAUUGUGACAGUGUUUUAAUACAAAAAAGUGAUGGCAGGUGACCAGAAUUUGUUUGUUAAUGAUGUGAAGUGAUUUCCCUUCUGCCUUCUCAAAUAUUAAAGGGAAAAUCUACCUCUCUUUGCUGCGGGGAAAUAGAUCCCUCACCCAGUAGACAGCCAUGCUGUCUUCUAAUGCUGUUUGCCACUCCAGCAAGUGACCCAAACAAUGUCUGUGUGCCCUCUAAUAUUUGGUGCUGUAUAUAUGACAAUUUUAUAUUUCUACUGUAUAUUUCUACUUAUCUGUACAUCUUUUAAUUGUAUUAAAUAAAUGUUAUGUGAACA